AUGGGGGCCCCGUCAUUGCCCCGGGCGUGGCAGCUCUAUCUGAAGGAACACCGUGUCUCUACAUUCAAGAACUGGCCCUUCGUGAACGGCUGCUCCUGCACUCCGGAACGGAUGGCCGAGGCCGGCUUCAUCCACUGCCCCACUGAGAACGAACCUGAUUUGGCGCAGUGUUUCUUCUGCUUCAAGGAGUUGGAAGGCUGGGAGCCAGAUGAUAACCCCAUAGAAGAGCAUAAAAAGCAUUCAUCUGGCUGUGCAUUCCUUUCUGUCAAGAAGCAGUUUGAAGAAUUAACUCUCAGCGAAUUUUUAAAACUGGACAAAGAAAGAGCCAAGAACAAAAUUGCAAAGGAAACCAACAGCAAGCAGAAGGAAUUUGAAGAGACGGCAGCGAAAGUCCGCCAGGCCAUGGAGCAGCUGGCCGCCUUGGAGUGA